AUGUCCUCUUAUAUCGGCAUGGAUAUCGUCGCAGCUACAGCGGCAGAGAGCCGAGCAUUGAGUGACGUCGAGAGCAUGAAAAUGGCCGCUCGCAAAAUCAACCUUCGUGUCAUUACGUUGUAUUCGCUGGCCAUGCUCCCCGCAUCGUUUGUUGUCCCCAUGGACCACCCUUUCAUCAAUGGCCACAGUACCUCGGUCGGUGCACGCUCCAUUUUCAUUAUCGCCGUCGUGGAGGCUGGCAUGCCCAAAGUUGCCCACUUUUUCAACGCAGUCUUUGUCUUCUCGGCCUUCACUUGCGGUAUUAACUCUAUGUAUAUCGCGACGAGGGUUUUGCAUACCCUGGCUCUUCGCGGUCAGACCGGCCCUGAGUUUAUUACGAGACGUCUUCGCCAUGGGGCAAGACUUGACGAGCUAGCCAACAACUGCACUGUAUCCUGUAAUGUUUAUGCCUCCAUAUGUGCAACCUAUCUGUACUUUUUCCGGACACUUGAAGAUGCCCAAAUAUACGGCAAUACGUCUGAGUCGCAGGCAGCGAGCUAUGAUCGAGACAACCCUCGGUAUCCAUACAAGUCCCACGGGCAAUGGCUCAAAGCUUGCUAUGGUUUAGUUGCUUGUGUCGUUCUUAUCCUCUUCAACGGCGUAGGCGCCUUUAUUGAGCCCUUGAGCAUUCGCAAGUUCAUUGCUGCUUAUAUUAGUCUUCCGGUGUUCAUUUUACUCAUCUUGUGUUAUAAUAUCCGUAAACACGGGUUCCGGUUUAGGGAUUGGUGGACAGACAAGUCGGGCGACUUGAGCCAGACCGUGCAGGCUUCAAGCCAUACGCGGAAGGGAAGGCUCGAGUUCCCUGACAGUGGCAUCACAGGACACAACUGGCAAGUCUUUGUUCAUUGGGUCUGGGUAUGGUGGAAGUAA